ACAUAAAUAAUAAUAUGCGAAACAAUACUAAAACACUUGAAGGAACCCUCUCGCAUUCUCCUUCCUCCUGCCACGGUGCUACCUUCCCCCUCUCUAAAACUGAAUGGAAAUUUGAAGAUCACUGGAGCUUAAUUCCUUCUCUGUGUAUGUGAUUGAUUAAUCUAAUUAGGGUUUUGGAUUGGUAAUGUGAAUGGAGAGAAUGUUAUCCGAGAAUGACGAGCAGAGUAUGGUGUCUUCCUUCCUCGAGAUCGCCGUUGGCCAAACUGCCGAGACUGCCCGUCAGUUCUUGCAGGCCACAAGCUGGAAGCUUGAAGAUGCUAUUCAGUUGUUCUAUGUAGGCAAUGAAGGUGGGGCUGUUGCAUCUGCGUCGCAUCCUCCGCCAACAGAAACCUGGCCAGAAGUACUUGAAAGUGGAUUGAAGGACUUGGAAAAUGAAAAGGUUGGACAUAGUGAUGGAGAGGAAGUACGUGCUCCUUUACCUGUUGUUAGGGAUACCCUUUAUGAUGAUGCAAUGUUAUAUGGAGCAUCAAGGACAGGAUACCCACCACAUGAAGCCAGUUCAUUGAUUGCAUUCCGCAACUUUGACGAGGAAAUGAAACAUCCUGGUGUGUGGGAAUCAGACCAAGGUUCUACAUCCACGACAGAUAACAGUCGAGACAAUCUUGCUUCUCUAUAUCGUCCUCCUUUUCAUCUGAUGUUCCAUGGAUCAUUUGAAAAGGCAAAAGGAGCUGCUUCUGUUCAGGACAAAUGGCUUCUAGUGAACUUGCAAUCCACAAAGGAGUUCAGCUCACAUAUGUUAAACCGGGAUACAUGGGCAAAUGAAGCUGUUGCUCAAACGAUCAGUACUAAUUUUAUCUUUUGGCAGGUAUAUGAUGAUACAAGUGAGGGACAGAAAGUUUGCACUUAUUACAAAUUGGAUUCUAUUCCAGUAGUCCUCAUAAUAGACCCAAUCACAGGACAAAAGAUGCACUCAUGGGUUGGAAUGGUGCAGCCUGAGAGUUUGCUAGAGGAUCUAGUACCAUUUAUGGAUGGCGGUCCAAGGGAUCAUCACAAAACCCUAUCUCAUAAACGUCAAAGGGGUAGUUCUCUAACUCCACCAAAAAGCAAAGCUCUAGUGUCUGCUUAUGAAACUAAAGAAGAAGAUGAGGAAGUGCUAAGGGCAUUAGCUGCUUCUAUGGAGAGCAUGAAAGACUCCAGUGUGAUUGCUUCUAACAAAAAAGAUAUUGCUUCUAACGACAAAGAUGAUGCUAGUACUGCUAAGGGAGAAGAAAAAUGUUCGACUAAGACACUAACAUAUCCACCUCUGCCUGAAGAACCCAGCGGCGACAAGAGCCUCCUUUGCAGGGUUGGAAUUCGUCUUCCUGAUGGACGCAGAGUCCAAAGAAAUUUCCUAAAAACUGAUCCAAUACGGCUGCUAUGGUCAUUCUGCUAUUCUCAACUAGAAGAAGCUGGGACAAAGCUGUUUUGUUUGAAAGAGGCAAUUCCAGGAGCAAAGCGUCUGGAUUAUGAUAGUACAAUGACCUUUGGGGAGUCGGGGUUGGCCAACUCUAUGAUCUCAGUUGCAUGGGAGUGAAAUCAAACUUCAACAACUUGGAUUCCUGCUUUCAAGACUUUUGGUUGGGAGUUUCAUGCAUGUUUAUUCCCUUUGACCUGUCUGGAUUCUGGAAAGUUGUCGUUUUGAAGCCAUCAAGUUCUAUUGAACUUUAUUUACUGGUACGUACUGCUAUGUAUGGGACAAGAAUUUACAGUGUGUAAUGCGACUGCUGCUCUUGUGGCUUCUGCAGAGAGAUAUUUAAUAUUUGAUGGAAAGAUGCAAUUCAAUGCACGACCCGUGAAGUUGUGACUAGGAAAUAAAUCACAAACAUAAACCAGGGAGAGAAGACAAAUUUCUGGAUCUUCGUUUUAUCCUGCAGCGAGAGAUCUAGGAACUGGCUGAUUGUGCGAAGCAAAAUCACAAUCCUGUUCAUGUUAGUACCUAUGAUUGCCCAGGAUAGCAACAUGAUUUGAGUUGCUAAUAUACCUAUGGAGCUAUCUGCUAUUUUUCUUUCUGGUUUGUUCAUUGUUUUUCAAUUCUUGUCGAAUAUAGCAACUACAGAGGAUGAGCUUGGAAUCCUUGUUUAGCUUUAUUUCUGCUUUGGAUGAGAGGGGAACGCAAAAUCCCAGUUUAGUGAUAUCUGAAAAUCCUUUCACGA